AACUAAUUCGAGAUAUUGCUCAUUGUCAUGGCAUUUUGAUCACUUCUUACUCCUACAUUCGGCUGAUGCAGGAUGACAUUAGCAGACAUGACUGGCACUAUGUGAUCUUGGACGAGGGACACAAAAUUCGAAAUCCAAACGCUGCUGUCACCCUUGCUUGCAAACAGUUCCGCACCCCUCAUCGCAUCAUCUUGUCUGGCUCACCGAUGCAAAAUAACCUCCGGGAGCUAUGGUCGCUCUUUGACUUCAUCUUCCCAGGAAAGUUAGGCACAUUGCCCGUGUUCAUGGAGCAGUUCUCGGUCCCCAUCACCAUGGGGGGAUAUUCAAAUGCCUCCCCGGUGCAGGUUAAAACAGCUUAUAAAUGUGCGUGUGUCUUACGAGAUACCAUAAAUCCAUACCUGCUGCGGAGAAUGAAGUCAGAUGUCAAAAUGAGCCUUUCUUUGCCAGAUAAAAAUGAACAGGUCUUAUUUUGCCGUCUUACAGAGGAACAACAUAAAGUCUACCAAAAUUUUAUCGAUUCCAAAGAAGUUUACAGAAUUCUCAAUGGAGAUAUGCAGAUUUUCUCUGGACUUGUAGUCCUAAGAAAAAUCUGCAACCACCCUGAUCUCUUUUCUGGAGGCCCAAAGAAUCCUAAAGGUAUUCCAGAUGAUGAACUAGAAGAAGAUCAGUUUGGAUACUGGAAACGCUCUGGGAAAAUGAUAGUGGUUGAGUCCUUGUUGAAAAUAUGGCACAGGCAGGGUCAACGAGUAUUGCUGUUUUCUCAGUCAAGACAAAUGUUGGACAUACUUGAAGUAUUCCUUAGAGCUCAAAAGUAUUCUUACCUCAAGAUGGAUGGUACCACUGCAAUAGCUUCAAGACAACCACUGAUUACAAGAUAUAAUGAGGACACAUCCAUAUUUGUGUUUCUUCUGACCACUCGGGUGGGUGGCAUAGGAGUCAACCUGACGGGGGCAAACAGAGUCAUCAUCUAUGAUCCUGACUGGAACCCAAGCACAGACACACAGGCCCGGGAGCGCGCAUGGAGGAUAGGCCAGAGGAAGCAAGUGACUGUGUACAGGCUGCUGACUGCGGGCACCAUUGAAGAAAAGAUUUACCACCGACAAAUUUUCAAACAGUUUCUGACAAACAGAGUGCUGAAAGAUCCGAAGCAAAGGCGAUUUUUCAAGUCCAAUGAUCUUUAUGAGCUGUUCACUCUGACGAGUCCUGACGCAUCCCAGAGUACUGAAACAAGUGCUAUUUUUGCAGGAACUGGCUCAGAAGUUCAGGCUCCCAAGCUCCAUUUAAAAAGAAAACUUCCGCCGGCCUUUGGAGCAGACCAUAAUGUUCCAAUAUGCAAAAAGUUUCCUGAUUCUAAUGUAUCCACAAACGAGGCCACAUCAUCUGAAGAGAAAUCUACAGCUACAGGAGCUGAAGUGAAUGCAGUAACUUCUGAUCCAUGCGAUCCUUUGAAAGGUGCCCCCCAGCCCCCUAGGACUCCACCUGGCAGUGACGGGCUUAGAGAAGACAUGAACACAGUGUCUAGACUAGAGGAAUCAUCUGUGAUUAGUGGACAUGGGGAUUGUUCAGAUUCUCUGAGAAUCAGCAAAAUGGACGGGCUGUCUAGUGAGGAAAGCAUCAAUGAAAAGCAGGGUCUUCCCGACAGAAGAGAAAGCUGCCGGGCUCAGACAGAACCUCUUUGGGAGAAUAAGCCAUCGGAAAGUAAUUUUUCUAAGCACAAGUCAAAAAUGAAACAUAGUGCACUGGAAGAAGAGCCCCUGGAGCAGCAUCGGAGGCCAGCGCAGAAGCCGAAGAGCCCUAAGCAUCCCAGAGAUGCCAAGUUUGAAGGAACUCGAAUUCCACACCUCGUAAAGAAAAGGCGGUACCGGAAGCGAGACAGUGAAAACGAGAGUGAGACCAGUGAACAGAGCAAUGAUGAUUAUGUCUUGGAAAAGCUUUUCAAAAAGUCAGUCGGUGUGCACAGUGUCAUGAAACACGAUGCCAUCAUGGAUGGAGCCAAUCCGGAUUAUGUGCUGGUGGAGGCCGAGGCCAACCGGGUGGCCCAGGAUGCCCUGAAAGCGCUGAGGCUCUCCCGCCAGCAGUGUCUGGGAGCGGCGUCUGGUGUUCCCACCUGGACAGGCCACCGGGGGGUUUCUGGCGCACCAGCAGGAACAAAGAGUAGAUUUGGUCAGAAAAGGAAUUCCAGCUUCUCUGUGCAGCAUCCUUCUUCAACAUCUUCAAAGGAGAAAUGCCAGGAUGGUGUCACAAGAAAGGAUGGAAAGGAUAAUGCUUCUGAGCACUUCAGUGGAAAAGUGGAAGAUGCAGAGUCUUCACCCGGGUCCCUCUCUUCGUCUUUACUGUUGGCUAAAAUGAGAGCUAGGAACCACCUGAUUCUGCCAGAGCGGCUGGAAAGUGAAAAUGCGCACCAAGAGGCAUCUGCUCCACCAUCCUCCACCACCGAACAUGAUGACCUACUGGUGGAAAUGAGAAACUUUAUUGCUUUUCAGGCCCGUGUUGAUGGCCAGGCCAGCACUCGUGAGAUACUGCAGGAGUUCGAAUCCAAGUUAUCAGCCUCACAGUCUUGUGUCUUUCGAGAACUGUUGCGAAAUCUUUGCACUUUUCAUAGAACUUCUAGUGGUGAAGGAAUAUGGAAACUUAAGCCAGAAUACUGCUGAUCAACAUUACUUUUUAAACUUUCAAUUUCCUAAUGGAAAUUUCUAUUAAUUGUAGGUUUAAUAAUCAUGUUCGUCAACAGAAGUUGGCUGCAUUUGAUGUUUACUUUGAAUGAUAUCUACCUCAUAAUUUAAAACUUUAAGGAAGAAGAAAUUCAUCUCUAAAACUUAAAAGUUUUAAAAAUACUUGGGUUGAUUUCUUUAUUUUGACACUAUGAAUUAUGUUGCAAAAUCAGGGACCUAACAGUUAAUCCUUGGAUCACAUUUGUUCCUUUAUCCAAAAGAUGCCGUCAGGGAGCACAUUACUGCUCAUGUAGAUGUUUGUAGACUAGAAAUCUCAAGAAUUAUUUUUACUGGUGCUAAAAACAUGUCUUAUAUUCAGUCAGACCUGUUCAAUAAAUUAGUUCACCAAUAUCUGAUAGCAGAUACUUAUUUUUGGUGCAUAGCUUUUAAACGUUUAAAUUUAUCACUUGCCACCAAAAAAAAUGAGACUUACUGUCUUUUGAAUAUAUUAAUUGCCUUUAAAUAGUCUUCCUUUUAAGGUACUGUAAAUCGGCAGGUAUUUUUCAUUAGUAAAGCAUGAAACAGCUUGGUAAUAAAUGAUGAGACCUGUACUUGCAGAAGGUUGUAGUGUACUCAGCUUAUAUUGGCUUACCUUUAAGCAAAGGGCAUCUUUUUUCCCCCCUAUGGGGACUGUUGGUUUUAGGAAAAUAAAAUAUAUUAUCUUAACACAAAUCUUAAGCAGAACCAAAAGUGAGUACAAAUAAAACAACCAACACACACAUGCACAGAAACGUCACUCCAGACCAUAGCUGAUACGCCAUGAUUAGUGUAGUGACCACCAUUGUGUCCCGCUCUCUCUGCUCUUGUGCGCUGGGAGGUGACUUUGAGCAUUUCUAAUUUUAUUUAUUGUUUGCUUUUCUAAGGAUGCUGAUUACUUUGUAUUGGGCACCAUUGUUCUCCUUAUGUAUUAUCUUCUGUCCAGUUGUUUUCACCUCUCUUUGUCCUUUGCAUUCCCUGUGACUCUCCUGUUCUAGACAUUUGGUUUUCAGCUGUUUUCUGGCUGUUGCUUCUGUGUUUAUAGUUCUGUGAUGGUGUCGUUUUGAUCCUCAGUUUGUUUUCCUAGCUUUGAUUUUCUUGUUUCCUUCUCUUUGUUGUUUUAUCAUCUCAGCACUGAAGUCUGGUUUUCUUAAAUUCAUUACAUUGCUUCAAUUUCUUCUAGAGCUGUCACAAUGCAGUUUGUUUCUUGGGUUUGUUUUCUAUCGCAUGCUGUUUUCCUCUCUGCUUUUUCUGUGUCAUGCUUGCCUUCCUCCCAUGCCAUUUCUUUACAUCUUGCUUAUGUUACAAGUGAGCAGCUCUGUCCAUAUCUGUAUGCUCUUCCCUGUGACCCAGAGAGAAGGGAUUUGGGUUUGGGGGUUGGGAAGAGCCUCUGCUGGGCACCAUGCAGCUCUGGUUGGAGGAUUUGCGUUUUACCCCUCUGUUCGGAGAUUUUGUUAAAUAGCUCGGGCCAAAGAAUCCCUCCCUGUAGGCAGGAGAUGUCAUAGAGUCAUGAUUCCCACCAGGAUUUUCUGCUGCCUUUUUUUUUUUUUUUUGAAUUCUGGCUUCUUCAUUUUAUUCUGUUUUUAGAGGGAUUUAUAUAUUAGAGGAAAAAGAUUCUAUUAUUAUCUUCAGUCUGUUAUCAUUAUCUAGAAGUCAUAGAAGGGAUUUUUAAACAGCUCAAUAAAUCCUAAACUUGAGAAUUUGGCUCAGAAGGGAGUCAAAACUCAUGACAGUUUUUUUUCUGGGAAGUUCUUUUUUUAUUUUUAUUUUUGUAAUUAGCCUGUAAGAAAAUUGCUUCCCCCUUAUUCUUAGAUUGAAUGCAGUUCAUUAUCUUUCUUUCUGAAAUCUGAACUCUACUGAGAGAAGUUUUUUUUUUUUUUAAAGAUUUUAUUUAUUA